AUGCCCGACGACAUGGAGGAGAACGACGCAGAGGUCUCGGACCACAUGUCCGACAAUGAGGACGAGUCGGAAUCUUUUCUGAGAGACGACUCCAAGAUGGGCGACAACGACGGCUCUGGCGAGGUCAAGAAGAAGUACGACCCCAAGGACCCCCUGAGGCCCAGGAGGAAGAAGGCCAGGCGGGCAUGCUACGCCUGCCAGAGGGCACACCUCACCUGCGGUGACGAGCGGCCAUGCAAACGCUGUAUUAAGCGCGGCCUGGCCGACGCCUGUCAGGAUGGUGUGCGCAAGAAGGCCAAAUACCUUCACGACGCGCCCGAGGAAGCCCUCGGGCCCGUCCUGGGUCCAAACUACAAUGCCGCGCGCACGCGGCAGAACGGCCAGCGACAGAACUCUGGCCAGUCGGACACCAUGUCCACUCCCACGACAGGGGGAAGCUUCCUCACCCAGGGCGGCGCCGCGCCGUUCCCCGUCUACCCAACCGGCACCCAGCCUCAGGUUGCCAUGGACGGCAUCACCUUUAACCCCCAAGCCUCGCCGGUAUCUCCGUCCUUCCAGGGCAACAACGCCCCGCAGAUGGACAACAUGCUCUCGGGCAACACCAUGGACUUCAACGCCCUAUUCGACCCCAGCAACCCGGCGCUGUACAACUUUGACCUCGAAGGCUUGAAUUUCGGCAGCCAGUACGCCGGGUGGGAGUUUGGCAUCCUCAACAAGAUGGCCCUCGGGGCCGAGACACCGCCACGGGAAAACUCGAUGUCGCAGACGCCGUCAACAGAGGCCAACUACGCGGCCAUCUUCGGCAACGGAGCUGGCGCUGGCUACGAUGCCAUGAUCGGCAGCGACUACUCUGGUAUGGACUCUGGCCCCAACACGUACACGCAGGGCAACCUCCAGCACGGCCUGCCACAUGCAUACGCCAUUGCGGCCGGCCCAAAUAGCCUUGCCAGCCCCAGCACCGACGCAACCGCGAGCCCCCAGGCCGCUAUAGAAGCUUCGCCGGGAACCAGUGCCUUUGGCAGCUUGCCGGGCGUCUCCGCUACGGCGAAGAUGAAGUCGAAGCAGGACAAGCUGACGCAGACGAUUCUCGGAAAGAGACAACGAGAUUCGGCGGCCGUCUACGCGAGCGUCAAGGAGCCAUACCCGUAUACGGCUGGGUUCCACAACAUGAUUUCGGUCAUCAAGGACCGACUGCCGCUGAACAAGCUCCUGCUGAUAGCCAAGUCUUUGGGGGAGAUCCGACCAUCAUUCAUAUCCUGCACCAAGGACCUCACACGCGAGGACCUGGUAUUCAUGGAGAAGUGCUUCCAACGGACGCUGGUUGAAUUCGACGACUUCCUCCAGCACUGUUGCGCUCCGACGAUAGUCUGUCGACGAUCCGGCGAGGUUGCUGCCGUCAACAAGGAGUUCACCGCGUUGACGGGAUGGACAAAGGAAGUGCUCUUGGGCAAGGAGCCGAACCGAAACGUCCACGUCCGCCCGGCGUCGAAUGGCGGGUCCGUCGACGGCGAUAGCGGUUCCCGGACCGGCGACUCCACGCCGCGGGCGAAAGAGCCGGCAGGCAACCGGUCGCAUCCUGUUUUCCUGGCGGAGCUGCUCGACGACGACAGUGUCGUGCAGUUCUACCGCGACUUUGCGCAACUAGCCUUUGAGGACAGCCGGGGCAAGGUACAGCGGAGCUGCAGCCUGAUGAAGUACCGAACACAGGAGGACCUAGACGGGAAGAACGGGACCUCACGCAAGGAUCCGAGGACGGGGAUCCUGAGCAGCCGAGUGACGCGAAUUGAUGGCGAGCACGGCAUCUCGCGCAUCGAAAGAGACGGCAAGGUGAACUGCACGUACUGCUGGACGAUUAAGCGAGACGUGUUUGACAUUCCCAUGAUGAUUAUCAUGAAUUUCUUACCGAGAUAUUACCCCAACCAGGAACCGCACCAACUUGCGGUAUAG